CAGCCUGCCCAUUAGUUUCUAAAAUCGCAUUGAUGCACUGUAUCGUUUUGGAAUUCUUCUUUAAAACAACCCGCCUCUUUAAUAUAACAUACUUAUUCAACAUGUGCAGUCUGCAAUAUAUGAGUGACAUUCCCAUUAAGCCAAUCACAGCUCACAGGAUCCAUUUCCUCACGCUCACAGCACACAUGAUUUAGAUUAGUUUAGCAAUGUGAAGGCUUGUUUAAACUUUAUUUUACUUUGUGUAAAAUUUAAAAUCAGUAGCCAAAAAGUAGUUGGAGAUGUCACAGAAGCGAAAGGUGCAGACGGAACACAGAAGAUUCCAAAAUCAUUAGCCAGAUGAUUGAUUAUUUGUUCACUGAAUAAUUUUGACGGCAAGGCAAAAUGUCUGAUUUGCAGUGCAGUGGUUGCAGUUAUGAAAGAUUAUACCAUACAACGUCACUAUGACACGCUGCACAAAACAACAUAUUUUGAGUUUAUUUGAAAUUAAAGAAGCUAUGGAGUCUCAACUAAAGGUUUUUUCUGAAAAUGAGAAGAAAAAUGAAAGUGCUGAGGAUGCCAUGAACAACACAACCACAGAAAAUGACUUUUUUUUAUUAACUUCAAGAAGCCAUGGAAAGUGCAGAAUUACUUUGGAAGAAACUAACUGGGAUUACAACAGAGGGUGCACCAUAUAUGACUGGACAAAAGAGUGGGCUGGCUAGCAGAGUGCUGGAAAACAUUAAAGAAAGAAAUGCAGAAGUACCAGUUUUCUUACACUGGAUUCUGCAUCAACAGGCAUUAUGUGGAAAAGUUACAGAAUUAGAACACGUAAUGAGCAUUGUUAUCAAGUGUGCCAGAAAAGAAGUGCCACGUGUCCGGACAGAAAAAGAAUCAGUUGUGUGGACGAUCUGAUGGAUGAAGAUGAGAAGGACAAGGCAAAGAGGGCAUCCCGUAACAAGUCUGAGAAGAAGCGACGAGACCAGUUCAAUGUUCUUAUCAAAGAGCUUGGCACAAUGCUUCCAGGGAAUACCAGUAAAAUGGACAAGACCACAGUGCUGGAACGGACCAUUGACUUUCUACAGAAACACAGCGAACUAUCAUCAGAUACCGAAACAAUUGACAUUAACCAAGACUGGAAGCCUUCGUUUCUGAGUAAUGAGGAGUUUACCCAGCUUAUGUUAGAGGCAUUAGACGGCUUUCUCAUUGCAGUAACUACAGAUGGAAAUAUUAUUUAUGUUUCUGACAGUAUUACUCCUCUGCUAGGACAUUUACCGUCCGAUGUUAUGGAUCAGAACUUAUUACAUUUCCUCCCAGAACAAGAACUUUCAGAAGUUUACAAACUGUUAUCCUCACAUUUAUUAAUGAAACACCCCGCCUCUGCAAACUACCUAAACUCUGAAAAUGACUUGGCGUUCUGUUGUCACCUCCUACUCGGAAAUCUAGACCCAGAGGAACCUCCAACAUAUGAAUAUAUUAAAUUUGUAGGACAUUUCCGAUCCUUCAACAGUGUGCCUAGUUCCUCCUGCAAUGGCUUUGAUGGGGCUAUUCAGAGGACAUUUAGAUCAUCUGUUGGUGAACAAGUCUGCUAUGUGGCUACUGUUCGACUAGCAACACCUCAGUUUAUAAAGGAAAUAUGUAGAGCUGAAGAGCCCAUUGAAGAGUUUACAUCAAGACACAGUCUGGAGUGGAAGUUUUUAUUCCUCGAUCACAGGGCUCCACCAAUAAUAGGAUAUCUUCCUUUUGAAGUCCUGGGGACCUCUGGGUACGAUUAUUACCAUGUGGAUGACCUGGAGCAACUAGUAAGAUGCCAUGAACACUUGAUGCAGUUUGGAAAGGGAAGAUCUUGCUGCUACAGGUUUCUGACCAAAGGACAGCAGUGGGUCUGGCUGCAGACCCUUUACUAUAUCACCUACCACCAGUGGAACUCCAAGCCAGAGUUCAUCGUGUGCACUCAUGCCGUUGUAAGGAAAAGUAAUUGCUCAUCAGAGGUGUUUUCCCCUAGCGCCAAGGGUGUUCCAACAGAAAGAAGGCAGGAACUCUGUUUGGAUGACAGCCCCACUGAACUUGUUGUCUCGUCUGUACUCAAGCGGCAGGAUUCCAGUUUGGACUCCCAGCAGCACUUGAGUAACACCCUGGAUGUUGCCACUUCACUGCUGAGUAGAAGCCAAACGUCUUCUGUGUCUUCAGAGAUCUCCCACACAGCUCUGUCUGAUUCUACAUCCACCCCAUCAAAGCUCAUUGCAGAGUCCAGCACACCUGCCUUGCUAACUGCUACAGCCGUGCAGCUGGACCUUCCCCAGCAGAGACUGCAAACUGCCUCAAGCCAGUUUGGAGCGAUCCAGACUAUUAAAGAUCAGCUGGAGCAGCGAACACGUAUUCUACAGACUAACAUCCGAUGGCAACAGGAGCAACUGCACACAAUCCAGAAACAGCUCUGCAUUGUCCAGGACUCCAGUAUACAGAUGUUUCUGCAGCCAUCCACAAUCUCCAUAGGUUUCAGUAACUUACAGCAGCAGCCCCCUCAGAAUCAGCAGCCGGAGCAGGAGAAAUCGGGGAUAACUGCUCAACAAGUUCACAGCAGCCCACAACUGGCAUCUUUACAGAUAGGAAGCCAACUCUUAUCUGCAUCCCAGCAGAACGUGGGGGAAUCUAAUGUCAAAUCCAGCCAGGUCCAUGAAGCACAGAACCCAGUGAGAAGUGCAAAUCAAUCUUCAGGCAGCUUAACACCCCACUACAGCAAUCCCAUGAUGCUUCCUCAGACCCCAGCAGUUACUCCCGAGUCACGAGACAACAGCCAGUGUCACCCAGCGUCUGACUUGAGCCACAGACAACUGAGAAUGUUGCUGAGCCAGCCCAUCCUGCCAAUGAUGCCUGGUUCAUGUACUGCCAGGCAACAGUCUCAGGAGCUCAGCAUAUCUGAACAACAAGCAAAGUUUCUUCAGAAUCACCAGUUACACCGAGGUGCAGGAGCCCAGCCAUCUACCAGCACCAGCAACACAUCCUUGGUCUCCACCACAGUCCUCAUAGGCCAAGCAGUAGUCCACCCAGGAUUCACAGUGACACAGCCUAACCAGCCUCAGCAAAUAGCUAUGCAACUCCAGAACCCACAGCAACAAUACCUGCAGCAAAUUCAGUCGUGCAGCACUCUGCACAACGAACAACCAGAUGCUUUGCUCCUGCCUUCAUCUUAUCAGCAACAACAGCAAGGUACUCUGGGAUACCACGCACAGCAGCACAGACAAGCGACACCAAGACGACAGCCUAACCAAGUCUUCUACCAAGACAACCUUACUGAACGUCAAGGCCAGGGCCACAUGUAAAACCAUACUGUGGAAACAUCAAUUCACUUUACAAACUUGCAGUGCCACCAAGUGGGCAGUCUAAUCACCAGGUCACUGUUGAUGUACACAGGGGUCUCCAACCCCGGUCCAGGAGAGCGACUGGGUCUGCUGGUUUUCAUUUCAACCCAGUUCUCAGUUACUUAAUUGCACAAGUUAUUGGCUUAAUUAAUCAAGAUUAACAGGUGUUCCAAAUCUUUAGCCACAGAUGAUGUAAAAACACCUAUAAAACCUGCAGGAUAGGGGCUCUCCAGGACCAGGUGAAAAACCCAUCUGAAAAACCCAUCUGAAAGGGGUCACUUUCUCAAGAACUUUUCACAUUAUUUGGCCUAUGCAUUCACUUGUGUGUUUUGGUUUUUUUAAAAUACAAAUGCACGUAAGCAUUGCAGUGGUGCAGGAGAGUGACCCUGUUAUUAUAGGUUACCUAUUUACCAUGGUAUCUCUCCCCUGGGUGCGUUGUGUUUUGGUGAGCAGUAAUGCAGGAAAGCAGCGGGCGGGAUGGCGAGCUUGUCCUGCUGCUCCAACACAAGCUACCUUAAGAGCUGGUACGAUGCGGGCAAUGGGUGAAGUUCGUCAGGAGUACUGCAUAAAAAAACGAGUGUGUUAUCGUGGCAGUUGGUGAUCAAAGAAAUAAAACAAAAUAAAAUCAAUAAAUAAUAAUGUCAUACCUUUGAAGUCAUAAUGCAUUGCAAGUGUUAUUAGGGAAUGUUGUGCUGUGUUUUCAAGCUCUUCAAUGUGCUGCUCUGCAAGGUUUGGAGACAGCGGGUGCGUUCACGGAGAUCAAGAGCAGCCGGAGAUCAAGAGCAGCCGCCGCAGGGGCGGGAUACCAUGCUGCUUUCCUGAGCAGUAAUGCAGGAAAGCAGCGGGCGGGAUGGCGAGCUUGUCCUGCUGCUCCAACACAAGCUACCUUAAGAGCCGGUACGAUGCGGUCAAAGGGUGAAGUUCGUCAGGAGUACUGCAUAAAAAAACGAGUGUGUUGUCGUGGCAGUUGGUGAUCAAAGAAAUAAAACAAAAUAAAAUCAAUAACUAAUAA